AUGAACAUUCAUUUAGACAGACCUCUGCUACAUAUCACUCAACAAAAACAAGUAAAUGCCCCUAAAAGAGGAAAAGGAUAUAGUUCUGUUGUUGAAAGUUACAGUUAUAGAGAUAUUAGAAAAUAUCAAUGUUGUGAACAAGCAAUUCUAAUUGGUGUUUUAAAUUUAUAUUACAAUAUCACUGUACAAUUUGGUUCUAUAAGAACACCUAAAUCUUCUCAUUUCCUUAAAAUUCUAUAUAUUUCAGAUAAUAAUGAUGUUAUCGAAGUUGAAAAACUCAUUAGAGAUAGAAUCGAAUUAAUUAACAAAGAUGAAUUGAAACAAGGGUGCAGUUUUAAAACUGCUUUGAAAAGAACAGAAGGUCAUAAAAUUAGAGAAUCUUUACAUUUACUUAUUGAUAUUUGUGAAUUAAAUGGAAUCAAAAUAGAAGUUCAACGAAGUGGAAUGAAAAAAGAUUUAAAGCGUUGUGAUAUAGUGACUUCUGUUGUUACUGAUUCUUUUACUCUAACCAAAGAAGAAAUUAUUUCUAAAGGGUCUAAUAUAUGCUCUUAUUUAUUUAGUUGUGCGAAUGAUAAAAAGGAAUGUUAUUUGCCUCGUAAUGAAACUGUACUUUCUUCUUUGCUGUUUUGA